CUAGCUCACUUUCUCUCUCUCUCUCUCUCUCUCUCUCUCUCUCUCUCUCUCUCUCUCUCUCUCUCUCUCUCUCUCUCUCUCUCUCUCUCUCUCUCUCUCUCUCUCUCUCUCUCUCUCUCUCUCUCUCUCUCUCUCUGUCCCUCUCUGUUUCGUCAUCGCCUCACUGCGAAGACACAAGCAGCUGUGUCUUGUAGCUCGUCGCUUGCAGUUAGUUCAUAGUAUCGAACAGAAACGCAGUGGAACCUUCAGUCUCUAUUCUUUUCGAGUCGAGCGCCAUUAAGAAAUCAAACACCAGUUGCAUCGAUGAUUUGUGCUUAAUAACAUGGCGGACGUUGUGACGUUUCGCUGCCGCUUGUUUACCAACACGUCGUCGUCGGCUGCUGCUGCUGAUACAGUGUGUCCGGAAUUUCGUAUUGUGAUACGUCUUUGCACAAUGUCGUCAUUGUGAACUGUUGUUGUUCCGGCGACAGCGCGAAGGCAGCAUCUUUCGUUCUUUCGUUCUUUUUUAUUUUAGCAUCGGCAGCGCUGACAGGUUCACAAGUGCUCGUCGUCUGCUCAAUAUUGACACGAUCACGUGACACGGAUGUUUACAGCGGGGCACGUGGAGCGCGCGAAACGCUUUGCUCUCUCUCUCUGAUCGGUGGCCACCACCGCCACUACUACUUCUGCUGGCUUUGGAUUUUCGCUCAAACUGUUUAGAGGCUGUUGGGUCGGGGAAGUAUUAAAAGCGCCGAGCCGGGCCAACUCUGUUGUUCUGUGUACCACACGCCGCGCUCUGUCUCUCACGCACACAUACACACACACACACACAAUCACAAAAGGAUUACUAUAACGAUACUGUUCAGUUAUGGAUGAAGGAUACGAGAACCAGAAUGAAGUGAAUAUCAACGCGCCCAUAGUUGUCGAUGAAACUGAAAGUGUUAACUUUGACCAGAAACUCGAGGACCAUACUGCUGAAAAACCACGGACGCCCAACGAAGAAGACGAAGAAGUGCAAUUGCAACCCUGCGCAGAUCCACCUAUCACUCGAAAUGCUACGUGCUGUGAGAAGAUCAUCAAAUGUCUGUCGCACGUGCCAUUUGCGUCACUGGUCGCGUGGAUUAUUCUCGUCAUUGGUCUCGGAGGAAUCACCGGAAACUUGCUGGUUGGUGCACGGAGGUCACGUGAUCUGCUCAAGUCAAGUUCGCACCAAUGGUUCAUGGAAUAUGUUCUGAUGGGCGUCAUCAUAUCAAUGUUUGUGCUGGGCACAGUGUUCCUCGUGUUUGCUCACCUAUCGUCUGACCCCACGAGUCGGCGAGUGUUCAACUCCAGCAGCAAGAACAGGUGUGCCAGGGGAUGCAACAUUUUUCUGCUUCUGUUCGUGUACUUUCUGACGAUUGUCUGGAUUCUCGUAACGGCAAUCCUCAUAGUGCCCGUCGGGUUGCUCGUGAUGUUGAUCCUCGUCAAGAAGUUCAACAACGUCUCGUGCAUAGACCUCCAGAACUAUGGGUUUGACCCGAGAGAGAUCUGCGAUGAUCAGCUCAGCGUGUUUAUGACAAAGUCCUACGACAUUCUGGUGUGUUAUGCAAUAGCAUUCGUCUCGGCGUUACUCGUCUCCGUCAGCUUGAUUCAUUUCCUGAUAUCCAUCAGCGCCAACAUCACCCAUCUGAAGGACAACCGGUUUGCGACGCUGAACGCGUACGAAACGACGGAGGAACACCGCAACUCCAAACACUCCGUCAUCGACACCAACAUGUAGCCGCGGGUUUCUUCCCUCAUUGUGCAAUACUGUCAACAUACUCAACUAGCCAUCCACAACACACACACAGCAGAGAAGAGAAACUAGAAGCGAGUUGAAACCGGAAACCGUUGGCAUGUCUUUUAACUAAUUAAGAGAAAAACGACAAAUUGGAAACUCAUAGUUAUGUCUGUAUUAAGAAUCAACAGCUAGAAAAAACACAAGCUCUAAAUUGGAAAACGUCAUGGUGUUUGAAUUACGAACAACAGCUAGAAUAGAAAAAAAUAUAUAAGUUAACCUGGGGAAAUGUUAUCGUGUCUGUAUUAUCAACAACAGCUAGAACAAAUGCAAGCAAAAUUGGAAAAAUGUUACCGUGUUUGCAUUACGAACAACAAGUAGAAAAAGAUACAAGCUAAAUUGGGAAUAUGUUAUUGUGUCUGUACAACAACACAACCUAAGUUAAAAAAUGUUAUGUCUGUAUUACAAACGACUGUCAAAGGCAUUCAUCACUGUAAGCUAAACUGGAAAAUGAUAUCAUGCCUCUAUGACAACCAUCAGAUUGAAAAACAGUGUAAGCUCAUUUGGAAAAUGUUAUCAUGUCUAUAUUACAAAAAGCAGAAAGAAAGCGGCAAACGAAACUGGAAAGUGUUAUGUGAUUCAAGUUAAGCAUAGGACAUGCUUGUUUUUUGCUAAUUGUUUGUAAUUAUUUCGCCAUGAUCCAUGGAUAUUUUAUCUUCAGUUGCAGUGUGUUGUCUGUCAGUGAUAUACUAUAUCAAUGUUGUUCUCUGACGAAUUAUGUUUCUUCAUCUGAAUACGUCUUUCUUAAACUUAGUGUUAUAUUUUAGAUGUGGUUAAUUAGUCCUAGAAAAGAGGCGUGCCACUCUAUAAAACGUUUCUCUCGCUGGCUGACAUGUUACUGUUCUUUAAGGAGAUGGUAAUAAUUAGUUUUGGUAUUAACUGUUUAUAACAGUUUUUCUCGAGUCUAUAGAAUCAUGAAAGGAACAGCAAAGUCUCAUUACUUGUAUUUAACACAAAAUCGGACUGUAAGCAAACUGGAUAAUUGUCUUAAACAGACGACAAUGAAUGUAAAGUACUCUAACUGAAAGGGAAACACUAAUUACUAGUCUGUCUACCACUGUUGCUAUUCGUGGUCAAUGGUCUAUUUUAGAUGCGUAGGGGUGGACAUGUGUAUGUGUCUUGUCACGGGUUAGAACGUUUACUGGGAUUCAAUUAAUGUAAAAGCAAACGUCAAGGGUAUAUCGGGAUGGGGUGAGAAAUAACACCAGAUAAGCUACAUCAAAUGUACAAGACGUUGGUUGAGAAAUAACUCUAAAUCAACUAUAUCAAAUGUGUAAGCCAUGGGUUGAGAAAUAACAUCAGAAAACAUCAAGUGUACAAGACAUGGGGUGAGAAAUAACAAUAGAUAAGCUAUAUCAAGUUUACAAGACAUGGGGUGAGAAAUAACAAUAGAUAAGCUAUAUCAAUUUUACAAGACAUGGGUUGAGAAAUAACGCCAGAUAAGCUAUAUCAAGUUUACAAGACGUUGGUUGAGAAAUAACGCCAGAUAAGCUACAUCAAAUGUAUAAGACAUGGGUUGAGAAAUAACGCCAGAUAAGCUACAUCAAAUGUAUAAGACAUGAGUUGAGAAAUAACAUCAGAUAAGCUAUAUCAAAUGUAUAAGACAUGGGUUGAGAAAUAACAUCAGAUAAGCUAUAUCAAAUGUACAAGACAUGGGGUGAGAAAUAACACUAGAUAAACUACAUCAAAUGUAUAAGACAUGGGUUGAGAAAUAACACUAGAUAAGCUACAUCAAAUGUAUAAGACAUGGGGUGAGAAAUAAUUCCAUAUAAGCUAUAUCAAGUGUAUAAGACAUGGGGUGAGAAAUAGCUCCAUAUAAGCUAUAUCAAGUGUAUAAGACAUGGGUUGAGAAAUAAGUCCAGAUAAGCUAUAUCAAGUGUAUAAGACAUCGAGUCCAUUGGAAUCUUUCAUUUUGUAAUGACGUGAUAUAAUCAUCCGGAGUAGCGUUACGUUUCGUUAAGUACUUUAACACAUUACUACCGGUUAGUAUGUUCGUUAUCUCUUAUUCAUUUUUGCUACAAUGUUAUAUAAUUGUGCUUUGGGUUCGUCUCAAAUUCCACUCAGUACAGUGGUUGAUGAAAUGCUUUCAUGUAAUUAGUUUCAUACACCAUUAGUACGGCGGACAUGUUCGCAAUACAGGGUAAUGAUUUCAUUCUGUUCUGCUACCAGCUUCGUUAUUCAUUUAGCUUUUUAGAACACUUAUCUACUGAGUGUAGGUGUGAGAUGACCUUUAAGUUACUUUUAGUAUCUGUUCCUACUAAAACAAAAUUGUGGUUGAAAUCAGUGGAAAAAAGCAUUAUUGUUGUUUUAUAAAGUGUGUGCGUUUUUUUCUUGUAGCUGUUGUGUGUUAAGGAUAGAACUAAAAACUGUUGUGGGGGACAUAUUGUACCUGUGCUAUGCUGUGCAAAUACGGAAAACAAUACGGUGUGAAUUUCGUCUGAAUUUGGCAGCUAUAUCGAAUGAAUCAUCUGUCUCACUACAUGCCAAACUUCAUUAUUCUUUCAGAGAUAAUUAACGUUUUGAAAGAUUGAAAUCAUCAGACAUUAUGCUAAACAUUUACAGAAUACGACCAUCUUGCGACGUAAAUUGCAUAAGCAUUUUCAAUAGAACGACGAUUUAACGUACAGUGUUUAAUUAAAACUGUUAAUGCUACUUGACUCAGCUAUGUAUAAAUACGUCACGAUGACACCAUAUCUGUAUUCAGUUGGGGGUUUUUGAGCUCCGCGACGUUUCGAAAGGUUUAUUAUCCUCGUUUUUGCGCUGAACAUUAAAACACGUUUGUGAUAGGACGGGAAUCAGUCAAACUGUUUAGCGAGUGCUUGUCACAAAACCUGUAUACUGAACGCAUCCCAGACGUACCAGUUGGAUUUUGCAUGACUGAAUCGCGUGCGAGCCAUCUAUUACCGAAGUACAAAACUGCAUUACAGUCCGAAUAAAUUAAUCAUUUUCAUUUAUUGGCAAAACGAAAUCUGGGCUCUUGUUUUUCUUUUCGUCUUACACACAUCUGUGUUCUGAUAGAAAAAAAAAUGUCUUUGUGUGCGCCAGUUUUGUGGCUGUUAAAUUAAUUAGCUUUCAUUCAUAGACGUAUUCCAUUAUACACCUCUGAAUGUAUUUACUCAUCUUGACACUUACAUUCAUACAUUCUUGUUUUCAAUCGCCAUUUUUUUUUAGAUUGCUUGAGUCACUGUGCAAGUGUUUUAAACGUUCGGCCAGUAUGGAAGAUUUCAUUUGUGAUGUUGGUUUUUUCAUCAUAUCGUCUGUGUCGUCAUGCCAGUGGUUACACAUCAUCACACGCGAGGAGUAACGUCCCAAGCAGGGGUUCGACCCAUAUUUUCGAAGCAAUCUUAACCUACGAAAUCAUAAAACCAUCGUAACAUAUGACGUCAUUAUGGUGUGUGCUGUAGUGACGUUACAAUCUACAAUGCUUUUACGACUUCGUAGCGCUAAGAUGGCUUCGAAAAUGUGGCCACGGGAUUGUUAUAGUAAACCCCUUAGUUUAUUGCAUUAGUAAUGGUAAGAAUUGAAGUCGGGCGUUAUGAUUACUAUAGUAAUUAAAACAUAAUAAUGCAUAAUGUAUACACAGCAUUUCAUAUAUGUCGCCGAACCGCACAGCUAUAGUAAAUAUUGCAUUAUGUUAUUAAAAUGUUUAUUCUGAAUAAACUUCAUAUCGCAUACAACCUCGUGUAAUAACCUUUAUAUCUCCACACGUGUCAUUCGACCGGUCCGCUCGUUGCAUGUUCAGUUGGACGAGCGAUCGCGGUCGUUCGUCAGACUGGUGCUUGCGCCUAACUUUAAAUGAACGUGAUAUGACUGGAAAUGAUGGUGCCAGUCAAAUUGUUCGCGAACAUUUGGCCAUCCUGAACAUGCUGCUGGAAAUAAGGGUCUUUGGUGAUGAUCAUACUUAGAAUCUAUUCAAACAUUUAAACGGUUUGAUUGCUGUUUUCAUUAAGCGUGUUCAGACUGCUAGACUUUAAUAUGCAGGUGCCGUAGUAGUGUAGUUCUAAAACUGAAUGGGACUUAGGCCCAUGUAUUUGUCGUUAAACAAAACAAACUGUCUCGCUGUUUAUGUAUAAUUAACAAAAUGACCUUUUAGCAUCGUAUUUAUUACGCGAGUGCUAUAGCUUUACCAUCACGUGCUUGUUGGUUUUAUUAUCACGUGUUUGUUAUAGUUUUACUAUCGCGUGCGUGCUAUAAUUUUACAAUAGGAUUAGGUUGGAUAACAUAUUAACGCGCUUAUAUCCAAUUAAGGUUCAAGCACGUCUCUCCCGGGCACAAUCCCUGACUUCGCCUCAUUUUACUAUAACGCGUGUAUUAGUCAAAAGGCGAUGGCGACGUUUUGCGGUUUUAUUCCCAUUUUAUGUUUUCGCGUUUUAACGCCACUUCUCAUAAACUGCAACCCCUAGACUCGGUUAACAGUUGCACCUAUGUAUGUCCAUCUCAGUUUAAAAUAAAAAUAUUAAAUACAUCUUUUUUCUUCUUUAAAUGUUUUUUUUUUUUGGGGGGUGGGGGGGGGGGUGGGUGGGGAGGGUUAUCCAGCAUGUUACAUCACAAAUGUUUUCUUUAUUCAUUGAAUGAAUAUGGUAGACAAGACAUUUUCAUUCCUCGGAAAUAUUGCUAUUACAGUAGGCUAAGUGUUGCAGUACCUGGAUUCAGAUAAUGAAUUAAUGUGCCUCAUUGUGUUCCAGCACUACAUAUAUAGCUUCAUAUCUAAGUACAUUGCGUGUGUAAAUGUUGUCAACGGCCAUAUUCGCUUGCAUUAUCACGUGUGAAUGAGUUUGGAGAGUCUGUGUUGUGAAGUUUAGUUUACUAGUAUUGACUUUUGGUCACUCCUGUUACUCACUCAUUUGUGUUUGUCUGGUUUUAUUCUAUAUAUAAUAUUCGUGAUCAUUUUUAGCUUCUACUGGUUUUUAACAUGUACGAUUAGCAGUAGAGCUAGUAGCCUAGUUGCCUUGGACGGAGUUGGUUGCGCGUUGUGUUUAAUGCCAAUCAAGUACUGGCCCAUUGCUCACGCUGUUAAUUCAUAUUUAUUUUGUACAUUUGUAAAUAACAUGUUGUCUAGUUGUUUGAUUGUCUACUUAACUCUAACUAAUCAUGCUAAGGCAUAAAAAAGUAUGUGUUUCCGGGAACCCGACCCGAACUAAAAAAAGGAUAGACCUAAAAAAAUGUUUUUUAAUGUAUUUUCUUUUUUCCAAUCUUAUUUAUUAAUAUACAGGUGAAAAGAUUUAAAAUGUGGGGUGGGGUGGUUGGGGGGGGGGGGGGGGGUGUAAGCUGACCUACUCUAUGUAAUUUAUUCAGCAUGUUCGCGGAAACGCACACUUUUUAAAUGCCUAAUGAGAACUCUGUAUAUAUGUAUUUCAUAAAUGAAUUAUUUUGACAUUGGAGGACUGGGAAUUCCCAAAAGGACAAUACAAAAUCUGUAUAGAUCUGGUGAUCAUUUUGUAGACAUCAUACAUGUAUGAAACCGGUUUUCAAAACCUCAUUAUAUGCAGAAGAACAUUGGUCGGCAGCCUCAUCGGCUUAAGGCGAUCUUUACGACACCUCGGCAAGCCUUAUUGGACAAUUUAUAAAUAUGUAUAUACAGCAAUCGUUAUACAGUAUUUAUUUAUUGUAUAGAUAUAUACUUGCUGGAGUGCUACAAGAGUGCUACAAGCCCCUGUGGUUGACAGCAUUUUCAAGUCAUUCAUGAUAUUGUAAAAAUCCCAUGCAGUUUAUUAGUACAUAUUUCCCAGUCGCCGCCAGUUUAAAAUAGUACUAAGGCAUGGGCUUCAAAGUAUACUUUCCCUCCUUAUAACAGUGCUGGGAGUUUCGUUACUAUUAGUAUAGCCCAUAGAAAUGGGGGUUUUAACGGGGGUAAGGGAAACAAGUUAUUUAGGGGAUGGUAUCAAACUCGAUUUCCUAGUCUAUACAGAGCAAAAUGGCAAUGUUUCUAAUGGCAUUUGAAAAAAAAAAAUUCAUAAAAGUUUUCUUUCUCUAUUCAUGUAUUGAGACACACAAAACGUUCUUAGGUGGUAUGCACCACCACCCCCCCCCCCCCCCCCCCAGGUUCCUACGGGUCUGAGUAUGAAUACUUCUCUUCUCCAUAACAAUAGUUAUACCCCCCUCCAUUACGUUUUUGUUAUUCAUCAUCUCCAAAAAUAUAUAUCUACAUUGUUAAUUAAUAUUCAUAAUAGUUGGUGGAGUGUAUGCAAGCUAACGUAAUUUUAAAAUACAGACUACUGAUCCUAAUUAUCAUGCAUUGUAAAAUAUAUUCGGUCAUUACACAUUAUAUGGAUUGUUAAAUAUCACGCAUAACUAACAAGUUCUUGCUGAAAUUAUCAAUUUUGGUAACUCCAAUGUGUUUCUGGUCAUCCUGAUGUUUGUUAUGUUAUACAUCUAACUUCAUAAAAGAUUAAAAUAUAUAUAUAUAUAUAUGUAGGCCUACCUCCAAUACUAGUGUCAGAGACUCUAUUAUCGUACGUGGUUAAAUCUUGUUCCUGUUGAAUCUCAAAUAAAGUAUUUUUUAUCCUCUAUCACCCUACCGUGAGGACAUCUAUCAGUAUUUCUUUGUUAACCAAUACAGUUAUAUAUAUUUAUAGGUUUAUACUGUAAGUACACGACUUGUUUAUUGUUAAAACAAAGCUCUAUUUAUUGUUGAACCAGUGCUGUUUUCUCUGUCAUUUUGUUUGAGAUGUAUCAUCAAACUGCUGAACAGAAGUCAAUACACGUUAUCCUGUGUAAGAUGGUGAGGUGUGUAGCAUUUCAAGUGAAAACUUCUGUCUGCUUAUAGUACAUUAUAGCACACACGUUUUUUGUAUUUAAAAACAAAUAUUAUUCAAACAGUGUUAACCGUGGGACAUUAUGAAGCAAACUGGACUUUAUUAGAAAUUUUUGUUUUCAGGUGGUAAUGAGAGGAAAUUGUAAUUGUUUUUUUAAAUGUAGAUUUAAAGAAAAUAUGUGAAAAUUGAAUCAAAAACUUAGUGUAUGAUAUCUAAAACAUUAAAAAUAUAUACACAUAAAACAAAAAUUGGGGUUUUUUUUAAUUUGUAUUUGGCAGCUAUGUAUUCAUACCUUGUGUUGCCACUGUAAAAGAAAUGAAAGUUUCAUGCACAAAAUAACACACACACACACACACACACAUACACACAUACACACAUACACACACACACACACACACACACACAACCACACACACAACCUAAGGGUAGUGAUUAGCGUGCAUGUUUUCUCUCGGGUGACUGAUCGCUUUGUGUUCACAGCACUGCUUUCUUGUACACCCAUGUCAUGCCUAGUAACCCCAAGUAACCCAUAGAAACCUUCUCAAAAUGUCUACACAGAACUAAAAACUUAAUAUAAUGUUAGUCCAGACAUCGCAAUAAAACAUUGUCAAUAAACAUCAGCCAUUUCAUUUGUAAUGUUUAAAAAUCGGCCAUUUUCAUUUUUGUGAUUGAACAACAUACAUUUCAUACUUCAAGCCAUGUAAAGUAUGCUUCCACAUUAAAUUUUGUAAGUUGCUAACUCUGAUUUUACUGUUUAAUAUAUAAUACUCAACACAAUACAACAUCUGUGAACUGUUACUAACAUUGUGUAUAUUGAUAUUGAUCGUGUGCUGUGUAAUAAUAUUAUGGACUGAAAUGGCUCAUAUCAGUCUUGUACACAUUAAAACUGAAUUCAGAUGAAUCUCUCGUUCAGUGUCAACACUCAAGGAUAUGACAUUCCCCUUUAAGGUGUGGCAGUUCUACCAACACUUUCAAAGAAUUCUCUCUCUUUUUGUGUGGGGGGAAAAAAAGCCAUUUGGAAAAGAAAAACAACAGUUUUAAAGAACAGUUCUAGUUUAUAGCAUUUGUGACAUGUUUGUAUUUUUUAAUAUAUAUAUUUUUUUAACCAAUAUAGCCUCUUUUUAAAAAUUAAUGGAAAUAUAUAUUUUUUAAAUCUUGCUUAUAAUAUGUAUAUCUUUAUAUUUCGGGUCACCCUAAUCAUGUUUACAAAAAGGGUAAUUUCGUUAAAACCUUUCUUCCAGUACCAAAACACAAUUUGAAAGUUCAUCCCAAAUGUAGUUAUUAGUAUGUUUUUUUAAGUUUGUCAUGUUUUUUAUUUAAAAAUAAUUUUAUUACCUAGAAAUAUUACAAUCAAGUGUAUUUAAAUGACAAACUCGUGGUAGCCCAUUUCACUAAAGCUAAUAUGGGAAUGUGAUUUUCUUGACUGUAGACGCUGAAGUUAAGUGAUAACACUAGGUGUUCCAGUAAGCUGCAGUAUGUCCUGUCCAUCCAUUGCUUCAUCGUGUGAUGUUCAUGGUCUUUUUUUAUAAACUGCUCAUUGUUUCAUUGGUCAUGUUUUUAUCUAGGCAUUUCAGAUUUAUUAUGUGUCACUUGGAAAAAAAAUUCAUACUGAA